CCAUCGAGAAGGUUCAAGUUGAUAUACAAAGAAGCCACGAAAAAUAAGUCUACAAUUAGUAUCAAUUUAAUUGUAAUUUUGAAAUUUGUGACAAAAAUCAAAAACACAAUUAGUGAUGACAAUGCAAAUGGAAGCUGGUAAAUGGUCAAGAAAUUUAAAUGAAGAGGUCAUCAACGAAUCAAAUAGAUCAAGGCUGAUUGAAAAACAAAGACAGUUGCUGGAAACCAAAAGGACUCGCCAACAGCAAGUUACAAUAACAUCAACUCGCCCAAAAUCUGCUCGAAGCCUGAGACCAGCCAGUAGUUUGAGUAGAUCAAGUGAUAAAUUAGACAAUAGAGAUGUUACUGGAAGGAUUGUCAAUACAACAUCUAAUCAAUCAGUGAACAAUGAAGACGACUAUGAAGACCAUGAGGAAGAUGAAAUUGUCAAGAAUCACUCUGCUCGACCUGGAACCCGAUCCAGAUCAAAUAAUAAACGGAACAAUGUCCCUUCUCCUUCAAUGUCCCCGAAUGAGGUGACAGUCAAAGGACGAAACUCAUCUUCAUCGACUACAAAUUCAUCUUCGUCAGUCAGUCAAAAUUCAAAGCGACAACUAGCAAAUACAUCAGCUGGUAGAGGUAAAAGUUUAAGCUCAUCUUAUGAUGAUUUGAAAGAUGAUGUGGAAACGAUAAAAUCUAUGGAUAUCAAUGAUAUUGGAACGGAAUUGAAUCCAUUAAAGGCAAUCUUGAACAGUAACGAGCUUCUUCUGUUUGCAACUCAACCCGUUUCACCAUGUAAAACAUAUCAGUGUAUAAUUAUGAGAGAUAAAAGAGGAAUCGACAGAUCUUUUUAUCCAACAUAUUAUAUUUACUUACAAUCUAUAAUUGAAAGGCAAAAUGAUCAUGAAAAUGAUCAUGAUGAUGGUAAUGGGUCCAUUUCAUCUCCUGGUAGCAGUGAUAAAGAGUUAUCUCCCACUAAUUCCAAGUCUCUAUCAAUUAAAAACUCAACAAUUAAACCUGGAGCUGAACGACGUCAAGUAUUUCUUUUAGGUGGAAGACGCAGGAAAAAGAGUAAAACCUAUUUAAUUAGCAAUGAUCCAUUUGAUAUUACUCGAGACAAUUGCAUUGCUAAACUUAAAUCAAAUGUACUUGGUACUCUUUUCAAUGCAGUCAGGAUUUCAGGCGAAGGACAAAGAUUUGAAAUCUCAACAGUUGUUUAUGAAACUAAUGUCUUAGGAUUCAAAGGACCGCGCAAAAUGACAGUGCUUAUUCCUAAAAAUGACGAGGUGUGUCCGUUUCCAAGCUCUUCGUUGAUGGAACUAUGGAAGGCUGAUCCAGUAAAUAAGUCACUCAUAUCGUUAAAGAAUAAAACUCCAGUCUGGAAUGAAGAUACUCAAUCAUAUGUUCUUAAUUUUCAUGGCCGAGUAACUCAACCAAGUGUCAAAAACUUUCAACUUGUGGUUGCAAAAAAGAGUGAUAGCAAUGCUGAUAUUGAUGACAUAAUUUACGCUGGAAAUAAUAGGAGUGGAGGAGAUGCAAUGUCACCGUCAUCAAAAUCAUCAACACCGCCGACCUUUUUUCCAACUAAUCCGGCUCCCAAUUCUGGAUCUGUUGGGCAACUUGAUGAUGACAUUGCCAUGCAAUUCGGACGUAUAAGUGACAAAGAAUUUACUUGUGAUGUUACAUGGCCUUUAUCCAUUUUACAAGCUUUCUGUAUCGCAUUGAGUAGUUUUGAUUCCAAGUUGGCCUGUGAGUGAUUUGACUAUGAAUGAGGAUGGCAACAAAUCAAAGGAUCCAAGAAUAUCAGUCCGUAUGGAAGAUAAAAUGAAAGCAUUUUCAUUGCUUGCCGAUGAAUGUAGAUCAAAAUUAGCUCGAUCCGUUUCUAUGUUGUAAAUCUUGUAACAUCAUCCCUUCAUUAUCAAAUUACUUUCCCUUAUCAGGAUAAUAAUUGGGGAUAUUGAAACACAUAACCAAGCAAAAUAAGUCGUAAUGAAAGUGUACGAUAAAUUAAUGUUAUCCUUUGCUAAGUUUCUGGAACGAGAAAUUAUAUUUUAUCAGUUUUAUUCAUUUAAAA